UGCUACAGGCUCAUCUCAGCUGCAUUUUAAAAAGAGCCACUUUGUAAUUAAUAAUGCUUACGAUUGGUCUAACACUCGUCCGACAUGGUGAAACACAGUACAACAAAGACAAACUGCUGCAAGGUCAGGGUGUUGACACUCCACUCUCAGAAGUGGGGCUGAGGCAGGCAGAAGCUGUAGGCCACUACUUGAAAGACCUUUACUUCACCAAUGCUUUCAGCAGCAAUCUACAGAGAGCCAAAAAGACUGCUGAGAUCAUUCUAAAACACAACAUCCAGUCCUCUGACAUUGCUAUUGUUAUGGAUCCUUUACUCAGAGAGAGGGGCUUUGGGGUGGCAGAGGGCCGUCCCAAAGAAGACCUAAAGAACAUGGCCAAUGCAGCAGGGAUGGCCUGCAGAGAUUUCACACCACCUGGAGGAGAGACAUUGGAGCAGGUGAAGACACGCUUCUGCAAGUUUCUCAAGUCUAUGUUCCAGCGGAUGCAGGAUGAACACGCUCCCAGCGCAUGUCCCAAUCCUAGCCCAGUUCUUCCCAAAUUCAUGAUUGCAGGACUUGCUAAUGAUGGAGUUGAAAACUUACAUGCCCACACGCUAGUGGUGAGCCAUGGCGCCUUCAUCCGGGUAGCAGUACGUCACUUUGUGGAGAGUUUGCACUGCAUCCUGCCAGAGGGGCUGAAGAUGAAUCAGGUGUACUCAGCCUGCCCCAAUACCGGCAUCUGCAGGUUCAUCAUUACAUUGCAAGUGGAAGAAAGCAUACCAAGGCCAGUUGCAUUCCACUGCAUCUUUAUUAACAGGAGAAAUCACCUGGCCAGCGUUAAAGACUCACUGUAAAGACUUUGUAUGGGAUUAAACUUCCUAAAUGCAACUGUGUAGUUUCAAGCAGAAGAGGUUUCUGUCAGGAAUUCUGCACAAUACCUACGGUUUUACCUACAAUACAAUACCUACAAUAGUAUCUGUGUUAUCUGUAAUUGUUAUUUAUGGUCCUAAGAAAUUUGUGGAUAUCAUUUCAAGCUGUUUUAAAUUUAAAGUGUGUGAAUGGAAAAGGAAUACACUUGUGCAAUACCUAUGUCAUAUGUAUUAUUAUGGAUUAUGAAAGCUUAAUUCAAGUCCGUUUGACUGACUAGAUGUAUUUUACAAUGCACUUUUUUGUGAAACACUAAU